AUGCUGCAUAAAAAACCUAGACAAUACACUUUAGAGGAAGUGUCAGAACACACAGCAAAGGACAGCUGCUGGAUUGUUUUAUCAAAUAUCGUUUAUGACGUGACUGAGUAUGCAAAAGAUCACCCAGGAGGCUCAAAUAUAAUAUAUGAAAAUGCAGGGAAGGACUGCACUGAUCUGUUCAACACCCUGCAUCCCUGGAUCAAUUACAAGAAAUUAUUACAAAAUAAUCUAAUAGGCUAUAUAAAAAAAGAGCAGCCUGAAAAGUAG